AUGUACUACUUUCCUCUCACACAGAGAUUGCAAAGAUUAUAUGCUUCGAAUGCAACAGCGAAAGAAAUGAGAUGGCACGUUGAGCAUGACCAUGAAGAUGGGGUAAUGCGUCAUUGUUCAGAUGUAACUACAUGGAAGCAUUUUAAUAAAACACAUCCUUCAUUUGUCACGAGGUUCGAAUGUAAGGCUAGGAUCAGUGCACCGAUGGGUUUCAACCAUUCGGUCACCGACAACAAUAUUCAUCUUGGCCAGUCAUUGUCACUCCUUACAAUUUGCCUCCUUGAGUUGAAACAGUUGUGGGAAGUUGGAGUUGAGACAUAUGAUGCAUCAAAGAAGAAUAAUUUUAAUAUGAGGGUUGCAUUAUUAUGGACAAUAAGUGAUUUCCCUGCAUAUUCAAUGUUAUCCGGCUGGAGCACAGCAGGCAAAACUGCUUGUCCAUAUUGUAGGGGCGAUUCAGAUGCAUUCACAUUGACAAAGGGUGGUAAACAAUCAAGGUUUGACAAUCACCGAACAUUCUUACUAGCUAACCAUCCUUUCGAUUUUAAUAAAAUUGCUUUUAGAAAGAACAAGAUUACAAAAAGUGCUCCCCCCAUUCUAUCUGGUGAGGAAAUUUUAGAACAAAUAGAACAUCUAGGAUUAAUGUGUGUCACAGAUAUGGGUGCAAAUGAGAAUAACAGUUGCAAAGCAAAAAACACGGGUUGGAAGAGACGGAGCAUUUUUUGGGAUUUGCCAUAUUGGAGUACUAACAUGCUUCGCCACAACCUGGAUGUCAUGCAUAUAGAGAAAAAUGUAUUUGAAAAUAUUUUUAAUACUGUGAUGAAUGUUGAAGGGAAGACGAAGGACAAUGCAAAAUCAAGGGAAGAUUUGAAAGAGUUUUGUCACCGACCUGAGUUAGAGAGGGAUAUGGCAACAGGAAAGUAUCCUAAAGCAUGUUACACAUUAGACAAACAAUCAAAAGCAGUAUUGUGUGAAUGGCUUAAAAAUCUUAGAUUCCCAGAUGGUUAUGUGUCAAACAUGGGUAGGUGUAUAGACAUGCGAAAACUAAAGUUGUUUGGGAUGAAAAGCCAUGAUUGUCAUGUCUUUAUGCAAAGAUUACUCCCAAUAGCAUUUAGGGAAUUGCUUCCAAAAAAUGUGUGGCAAGCAUUGACCGAAUUGAGCAAUUUCUUUAGAGAGUUAACUUCAACAACACUUAGAGAAGAAGCCAUGUUACAGCUCAAUGAAGAGAUUCCUAUAAUAUUAUGUAAACUUGAGCGUAUAUUCCCUCCAAGUUUCUUUGACUCCAUGGAACAUCUCCCAGUACAUUUGGCUUAUGAAGCAUGGAUUGCUGGUCCUGUGCAAUAUCGGUGGAUGUAUCCAUUUGAGAGGUAA